AGGGCUUUUUUUUCCGCUGAUGGCGCUUGACAAAAUUUUUUUUAUAUAGAUAAUCUAUCUAUAAUAGAUUUCAUAUAGAAAAGCUUCACAAACGCCACCAUCGGAAAAAAAACGCCCUAAUGAGAACAUCCUCUGAAUACGGGUGCAGUAUAGACUAUGUAUAUGUAGGAAAGCGGUUUUGUUUUUGCGCUGUCAAAUCGAAAAGACGAUUAAUAAAAAAAUUAAUAAAAAAAAAUCUGGUAUUGUUUCAUAGAAUAUUCAACAAUGGCCCUCAGCUAUUCAAGGUUAUUGUGCUGCCAAAAUUUGGGCAUGUGCAAAUCCCCAAGUAUCUUCACACCUAGAUUUGUUGCUAUCCCAUCAACAGUCUCAAAAUGUAUGACAACACAAAUUGAAACAUAUACACAGAAAAAUGAACGUUUAAAUCGACCAAUGUCUCCUCAUCUGACGAUUUAUAAACCUCAAUUAACCACAAUAUUGUCAAUUACUCAUCGUGGAACCGGAAUAGCUCUUUCUUUGUACGCACUCGGGAUCGGAGCAGCUGGACUCUUUAUACCUGGAGGAAUGCUGUCAAUGAUUCAAACGAUUGAUGUAAUGUGUCCACCAGCCGUAUUUCUUUUCAUCGGAAAAUAUGCUAUUGCCUGGCCAGCACUUUUUCACUAUUUUAAUGGAAUUCGUCACUUGGCUUGGGACUUGGGACAACUUCUAAGAAUAAAGCAAGUUUAUACUACAGGCUGGACUGUCAUAGCAAUUUCGACAAUUGCUACUUUAGCUUUAGCGGCGAUAUUUUGAGGUAAAAUAAAAAAGUAAAAUUGUUAGUUAACUCCAAACAAUUAUCAAAACUAAAAAUCAAGUGUAUAUCAAGAAUUUAUUCUUCGUUUGAGUUCAAUAAAUAAUGUCAUUGCGAAA